AUGCAUGACCUCACUCACAGUAACAUACCGACCCGCAGCGUGGAUAUAGGCCCAGCUAAACCGAAGAAGACGAUCGUAGUUCACGCGAAAGACACAUUCAUCAACUAUUCUCACCCCGCACAACUUGCAGAUCGAGCUAGGAGACGCAAGGUCUCCUCAUAUAUCGGAGUACACUUCCGAAACCGAUCUCGACCAUUGGUCAGGAAACAAGCCAAAGAGAAGCAGCAGAAUGAAGUCCACUGUUCCAAGGCCGAGCAGGCAGUGGCUACGCUUGCUUAUCAAGACGACGCAUCCACCGAUACGACAGCUUCUGAGACCGAGCUAGGUGUUCCUCGAGACGGGCAUGGUCUACGAAACGACCCCUUUGAAACUUGGCCAAUCCAGGCUCGAGCAAGCAUACCUGUGGCAGUCGACUACUUUCUCCAGUUCUACGCACCUGCACAUACUGUCCGACCUGACCUGUUCUCGCCGGAAGGAGGCGCUCAGGCGGUGAAGGACUACUUCCGCUACGCUCUACAGCAGCCGUUGAUGUUCGAAACUAUUGUAGCUCUUUCUCAUGCCAACCUGUUUGUUUCAACGUGGACCGACCAUUGUCCAGACUCACAAACACUGUUCCACUAUGGCUCAGCCCUCAAGCGCUUACGCUCCCAGAUCGCAUCGGAAGAUCCGGGCAUCUCAGCCCACGACGCCGUGCUAUUCGCUAUAGUAGCACUGAUGGGGAUAGACUUCCUUAUGAGCGACAUGGUCACCUUUCAGACCCAUCUGUCCGGCCUGCGACGCCUCGUCGCCCUCCGCGGCGGAAUUGAGUUUCUCGGGUGGCCCUCGCUUCUCAAGCCCAGCAUCGUUGGUCUCGAAACAUUCUGGACAUACAUCUGUAGCGCACCAAACCUCCUCCGGGCCAACAUACCCAUCACCGCCACCCCUAUCGAGCCAAUAUCCCUAAGCCCCAGCCCGCAAAUGCCGUCCACGAAUAUCAACCACUGCGGCUACUCCGAUGCCUACAAUGACAUGUCAAGCCUAAUUGCCAGCCUACAGCCGGGAUACCGCCGCCUGGCUCUUGAAUGCAACCUCUCACCCUGCAUCAUCGACCUCGUCCACAAAGUCCUCCACUUCGACAUUAACCUGCACCACUACCCCAACGGCAUGACCCGCUAUGGCCAGCCCAUCCUCUCCUCCAAUGCGUUCGCCUCCAGCCAGGGCACGCCGCUCGUCUCCGCCGCCAACCUAGCCGUCACCGAAUACGCCGCCGCCGCCCUCGCGUCCCCGCAGCGCACGCCCAUCGAGCGCCUCAUCUGCAUUUCCCUCCUCACCACCCUCCUCGACAUGACACGCCACGAGAAACUCAGCCCCUUGUACGCGCAGCAGCUGCGCCUCUUCGAGGAAGAGGUGCUCGCCUACCCGCUCGACGACAGCGAGCCCGCCGUCCGCGACCUGGUGGCCUGGCUGUCCCUGAACCUCGGCCAGCGCAUCCUGUGGCCACCGGCGAAAGCGUUGCCACCGGGGUGGCGCGACGAUCGCUGCACGGCGAUGGUGAUGAAGGUCGUGAGGCAUUUCUCCGGUCGCUGGAGCUACGAGCGCCUGCAGAAAGAUGUGCUCAUGGGCUUUGUCUGGACGGACGCGUGCCAGGGCGGCAUGAAAAUGGCGUGGAAUCUGGGGCUGGACGUGUUGCGCUUGGAGAGGGAGGAGGAGGAGGCGUUGGCGAAGACGCAGACGCAGACGCAGACUUAA